GCAUUCCUUAUGAUGCACAAUCACGAAUAUUCAAGCCCUUCAUGCAGGCAGAUUCGAGCACCUCACGGCAUUACGGCGGGACCGGGAUCGGUCUUUCCAUCUCACAGCGAUUAGUGGAACUUAUGGGCGGUUCCAUGACAUUCACCUCCAUUCCCGACGUUGGUACGACUUUCAAAUUCGAUGUCUACUUGGAAAAAGAAGAAAAACUCCCUUGUCAAUCGAAGGCACCCGCGAGUAUGAUGCCGAUCUCGCAACAAAGGCUUCCAGAGGAGGCAUCCCGGCUCGCCGGCCUCGUGGCGCUCAUUGUGGAUGACCGGCCAGUACGACAGCUCGUCACCUCAACCUACCUCCGCCGCCUUGGGAUGGACGUUGAGAUCGCAGCGACGGUUGAACAGGCUGUCGACACUGUCCAGCGAUUGGGUGUGGCACGCGGGGGAAGCAUGGGUUCCGGGGGCAUUACUCCGGGGACGAAAAGCAGCACAGGAAUUUCAGUUGUCCUCGUUGACUGCAAUGCCAGCAUGUGGACACAGUCAGGGUUCGAAGUGGCGGAGGCGCUCGCGAGCAUCGACAGCGGAAUCGCGAUCCCUGCAGGACAUGGAAAUGCCUCCCCUGGGAAAGUUGUUGCGGGACCGUUUCCAGCGGUCCCGAUCAUUUUCAUAACCAAAAAGCCUGAUCCGGUCCUGGAGCCAAAGGUCAAGAAAACCGCUUCUGCCAUGAUAGUGUUGAAGCCUCUGCGCCGGGCGUCGCUGUGCAUGGCCUUGAUUCAAGUCAUAGGCUUGGUCACCAAUGCCGGAGGAAAGCUGAGAGGUGGAAGUGGGAAAAUGGGGUUGUCCAUGGCCAUCAAAGCAUUGCUCAAGGGAAAGAAAUUUCUUGUCUGCGAUGACAACAUGGUGAAUCGCCGAGUCGCGAGCAAGAUGUUGGAGAAGUACGGCGGAGAGACAGUCUGUGUCGAGAGCGGCCUCAAGGCUCUCGACGUAAUGAGGAAUCCCGACCACGGAAUCGAUAUGGUCCUCAUGGACGUCCAAGUCAGGUAUGGUGGGGAAAUCGGGCGCCUUGCCCAGGUCGGGUAUGGUCGGGAAAUCGGGCGCCUUGUCCAGGUCCAGCAUGAUCGGCAGGUCGGGGGCGUUGGCGGGUUCAGGAAUGGUCGGAAAAUCGGGAAUCGUCCCGGGCUCAGGGGUUGUGUCCAGAUCUGGUGUGCUGCCUAAGUCCGAAGUAAUCAGACGGACAGGAUCGAUGGGGCACUCUCAGGUGCCGUUGUCAGGAGCCCUGGGCAAACCGGGUGGUCUGCGACAGUCAGGGUCAUUCCAAGGCAUGAGGAGAAUCAUACAAAAUAAAUCCGGCCAGUUUUUUGAUUUCCGACGCGAUAGCGGCAGGAUGAACCCAGACGGUGGACCGCUUGAACCAACAUUCAUUCAUAGCACUUUGACGGGCAAGCUUGCCGCCGACCAUUCACACAGCUUUUCUGAAAUCUCAAGGUGGUUGCAGAGUCCAGCACCGGAAGAGUAUGCGAGCAAUGAAGCACAAACGAAGAC